CCCUUGUGUUCAAUGCCAGAAAGUGCACAUCACUUAAGGAAACUCAAGAACUACAAUAGUGAUAGCAGCUGUGAUAGCAGUAGCAGUGUGUCAGAAUCAGGAGAAGAAACUGAAAAGGAAGAUCACAAUGAAAAAAAAGAGAAAAAAGUUUCAUAUGAUCUUGAAGAAGAUAAAUACAAAUCUUUGGAACGAUCAGGCAAAAUGAACUGGAAACCUGGAACCAAAAAUGUAAAAUCUCCAUCAUAUUCAUCCCCCACAUCAUCCACAGGUCCAAUAAGGCGUUCUGUGAGCUGCCCUCGUUCAAUAUCAAUAUUGACUAUGCAGUCACAGGCAGCUGAGCAACGUCCCUUUUCAGCCAAAGCACCUCUGCAAAUCCAGCGAGCGUCCUCAGUGAACAGGUCUCAUUCUCUAAAUCGUAGCCCAUCUUCAGCCAGAGUCCCUCAGACAUCCACCUUGGGAACGGUGAACUCUUCAGGGAGUGAGUCUUUACUGCAACAGAAAACAAAAGAGCAAGAAGUGGCUUUGACAAAAGAGACUCUUCUCAUUAUCAAUGACAUGCGAAUCAAGUUCCCAGGAAAAACAGAUGAAGAAUCCGAAUUAAUUAUAGAAGAUAUUAUGGAUAAUUGGAAGUACCAUAAAACAAAAGUGUCAUCCUAUUGGUUGGUUAAACUGGAUUCAGUAAAGCAACGAAAACUUUUGGAUAUAGUAAAGACAAGUGUUCGUGCAGUUCUACAGCGUGUCUGGAAAACUCCAGACAUUGAAAAUUUACAUCUGUACCGUCUCUUUAACCGUGUAUUUAAUCGCUUACUUUGGAGCCAUGGUCAAGGCCUUUGGAACUGUUUCUGUAAUUCAGGGAGCUCUUGGGAAACCAUAUUCAGUAAAAGCACAGAGUUAGUGACUCCUGAGCAACUCCAGUGCUGCCGAAGAAUAGUACAGCUUUGUAAACACUGCCUGCUGGUAGUUUACAAAUAUUCAUCAGAUUCAAGAGGAUCCCCAACUGGGAUUAGCCAUCACUGGGAUGAUACAAGGUAUUUAUUGCCAGGACCUUCACUGUUCAUCCUGAAAUCAUCCUCAUCCAAACUUAGCUGCAGUUCAUCUGGAAUGCCUCGCCCUAACAUUUUGUUCACACACAGAUACAGUCACUUGUGA